AUGGCAGGCAUCUUGCGUACAGUUGUUAGUAAUUUCUCUGUUCCCCUUUUCAACAAUGUGAUAUGUCACAAGGUGAAGACGCCAAGGGUGCGGACAUUCCUUACCCACCAGGUUCUCUGGUGUAAAGCAGCCAUCAAACCAGGUAUUCCAUAUAAGAAAUUGACUGUAGGUGUUCCAAAGGAGAUCUUUCAAAAUGAGAAAAGGAUUGCCUUGUCACCAGCUGGAGUUCAAGCACUGGUUAAGCAGGGUUUUAACGUUAUUGUGGAGUCAAGUGCAGGAGAAGCUGCUAAGUUCUCUGAUGACCACUAUAGACAGGCUGGAGCACAGAUCCAGGGCACCAAGGAAGCGUUGGCUUGUGACAUAGUCCUCAAGGUGAGGGCUCCAAUGUUUAAUUCUGUACUUGGCGUCCAUGAGAUUGAGCUUUUUAAAUCACAAGGUACUCUGAUCAGUUUUAUCUAUCCAGCUCAAAACCCAGAUCUGCUGAACAAACUAGCAGAAAAAAACACCACUGUCUUGGCUAUGGAUCAGGUUCCACGUGUGACCAUUGCUCAGGGAUAUGAUGCUCUCAGCUCUAUGGCCAACAUUGCUGGUUACAAGGCAGUUAUACUUGCAGCUAAUAAUUUUGGUCGUUUUUUCACCGGUCAGAUCACGGCAGCUGGCAAAGUUCCUCCAGCUAAGGUUCUGAUCAUUGGAGGUGGAGUUGCUGGAUUAGCAUCUGCAGGAGCAGCUAAAUCAAUGGGAGCUGUAGUUCGUGGAUUUGAUACCAGAGCUGCUGCGUUAGAACAAUUUAAAUCACUAGGUGCUGAGCCUUUGGAAGUUGACAUAAAAGAAUCUGGGGAAGGCCAAGGAGGAUAUGCAAAGGAGAUGUCCAAAGAGUUUAUUGAAGCUGAAAUGAAACUCUUUGCUAAACAAUGUCAGGAAGUUGAUAUCAUUAUUACAACAGCACUUAUUCCUGGUAAAAAAGCUCCAAUCCUCUUUCGAAAAGAUAUGAUUGAAUUGAUGAAGGAAGGGUCAGUGGUCGUAGAUCUAGCUGCUGAAGCAGGGGGGAAUAUUGAAACUACAAAGCCAGGGGAACUCUAUGUUCACAAGGGGAUCACACAUAUAGGUUACUCAGACCUGCCCAGCAGAAUGGCUACGCAAGCUAGUACCUUGUAUUCAAAUAACAUCACAAAGCUCCUAAAAGCCAUCAGCCCAGACAAGGAAAACUUUUACUUUCACAUAAAGGAUGAAUUUGAUUAUGGCACCCUUGACCACGUUGUUAGAGGAACAGUGGUAAUGAAGGAUGGGAAAGUGAUUUUCCCAGCGCCGCCUCCUAAGAACAUUCCUCAGGCAGCACCUGUGAAGCAGAAGACAGUGGCAGAGUUAGAAGCAGAGAAAGCUGCUACUGUUACACCUUUCAGGAAAACAAUGACCUCUGCUUCUGCCUAUUCAGCAGGACUUGCUACCGUGCUUGGGCUGGGUAUUGCUGCUCCAAAUUCAGCUUUUACUCAGAUGGUGACAACCUUUGGCUUGGCUGGGAUUGUUGGAUACCACACUGUAUGGGGCGUGACUCCCGCACUCCAUUCACCACUCAUGUCAGUGACUAACGCAAUCUCAGGGCUGACUGCUGUUGGCGGAUUAGCACUGAUGGGAGGGGAAUACUUACCUGGAACUCUGCCUCAGGGCCUUGCUGUCCUUGCUGCUUUUAUUUCCUCUGUCAACAUUGCAGGUGGUUUUCUGGUCACUCAGAGAAUGCUGGAUAUGUUCAAGCGCCCUACUGACCCUCCUGAAUUCAACUAUUUAUAUUUGUUGCCUGCUGCUUUGUUUAUAGGAGGAUAUGGAACAGCACUGCAAAGUGGUUAUAACAUUGAACAGAUGAUGUACCUGGGUUCAGGAUUGUGCUGUGUUGGUGCCCUGGCUGGCCUUUCUACCCAAGGAACAGCUCGACUUGGCAAUGCUUUGGGUAUGAUAGGUGUUGCUGGAGGUUUGGCAGCUACCCUGGGAAGUCUAAAACCAUCAGUUGAGCUUCUGGCCCAGAUGUCGGGUGCGAUGGCCCUUGGUGGCACCAUAGGUCUGACAAUUGCUAAACGUAUCCAGAUUUCAGAUUUACCUCAGCUAGUGGCUGCUUUCCAUAGCUUGGUUGGCUUGGCUGCUGUUCUCACUUGUGUCGCAGAGUACAUGAUUGAAUUUCCCCAUUUUGCAACUGAUCCAGCUGCAAGCCUCACAAAGAUUGUGGCCUAUCUUGGCACAUACAUAGGAGGUGUAACCUUCAGUGGCUCUCUUGUUGCUUAUGGGAAACUACAGGGUGUCCUGAAUUCCGCCCCACUCCUCUUACCAGGACGACACUUUCUGAAUGCUAGUUUGUUAACAUUAAGCAUAGGUGGAAUGGUUCCGUACAUGAUGGAUCCAAGUUACACAACAGGGUUGACUUGCUUAGGAUCUGUAUCUGCCUUGUCUGCCGUAAUGGGAGUUACUUUGACAGCUGCCAUUGGUGGGGCUGACAUGCCUGUUGUUAUUACUGUCUUGAACAGCUAUUCCGGCUGGGCACUCUGUGCUGAAGGAUUCCUGCUUAACAACAAUUUGUUAACCAUUGUGGGUGCCCUGAUUGGUUUUUCUGGGGCCAUCCUGUCUCAUAUCAUGUGUGUGGCUAUGAAUCGCUCUCUUGCUAAUGUGAUUCUUGGAGGAUAUGGUACUACUUCAACAGCUGGUGGGAAGCCAAUGGAAAUUACUGGCACUCAUACAGAAGUGAAUAUGGAUGGUGCAGUUGAUAUGAUAAAGGAAGCCAAUAACAUCAUAAUCACUCCAGGAUAUGGCCUGUGUGCAGCAAAGGCUCAGUAUCCAAUUGCUGAUUUAGUGAAGAUGCUGAGGGAAGGAGGCAAGAAAGUCAGGUUUGGUAUUCAUCCUGUGGCAGGUCGUAUGCCUGGACAACUGAAUGUACUGCUUGCAGAAGCCGGUGUACCAUAUGACAUUGUUCUAGAAAUGGAUGAAAUUAAUGAAGAUUUUCCAGAAACGGAUCUGGUCCUUGUCAUUGGAGCUAAUGACACAGUUAAUUCAGCUGCCCAAGAAGAUCCAAAUUCUAUCAUUGCUGGAAUGCCUGUUCUUGAAGUUUGGAAGGCAAAGCAGGUGAUCGUUAUGAAGAGAUCUCUAGGUGUUGGAUAUGCAGCAGUGGAUAACCCCAUCUUCUACAAGCCCAACACUGCCAUGCUUCUAGGGGAUGCUAAGAAGACUUGUGAUGGUCUGCAGACCAAAAUGAGGGAGUUGUAUGCAAAUUAAAUAUUAAAAUGUACUCUUCGGCCAGUAUGAACAACAACAAAAAAAACAACCAACAACUAAAAAAGUGUUAUCUAUCAACGUUAAAAGAUAAAGGUUAGCAGGUGUUCUUGAAAUGAAGAUUUUAGGGGGCAAAGAGAGGAACUUUAAGGCCCAGAAAUGCAGUGAAUAUUUUUUACUAAAAAGAGCAGGAAAAACAAACAAAAAAGAACCACAAAGCAUUGAAACAUUGAAGUGAACAUUCUUCAGAACCUGGAAUACAUACAGCUGAAUGCAGUCUAUUUUAGAAGAAUUUUCUUUGGCAACCAUAACUUAACACAAUGAGACUCAGGAAUUUGGAGAAUCUGUCUAUUUAAUGUGACAUAAGACGUAAGGGAAACGACCAUUAAAAGUUCUGUGGCCCUAGAGUUUAGCAAAUUGUUCGUCGGGAAUCAUUAACAAUCAAUCUGAACUGGGUAUUGGUCAGCCCCACUACAUAGACCAGACCUGGACAUCAGCGCUGCAGGAAGACUACUUUUAUUGAGAUUGGUUGUAAUAACAGAAUCUUGUGUAUUUGAUUGUGCUGUACCUCCUCUUCCUUCUUAUACUUCAAUGAAUUAGGGAGGCAUCUGUCUGAGCCAGUUUUGAAUGUUAUCUUCUUGUUCUGGACUUUAAAAAAAAAUGCUUCAUAUCCCUUUUGCUUAAGUAAUGGUUUGUCUGUCAAAGUCAGGGGUCCCCAAACUUGGCAACUUUAAGACUUGUGGACUUCUGGCUGGAGAAUUCUGGCAGUUGAAGUCCACAAGUCUUAAAGUUGCCAAGUUUGGUCAAAGCCAUCUUCCCUAUUCUCUACAGUAUUUUAUGACCAUCUGAUUACAUUAUUCUAAACAGAAAUGAUGAUAAUGUUGGUAGUCAUGAAGAUGACUCUGGCCACUUAUGAAAUGCAUUUUAAUAUAUUCAUAGUGGGUUUUAAUGCAUUUACAGAAACUGUCAAACAUAUGCUGUGAGUAUAAAAUGAAAUUUCAGACUCUUGGAAAUACCUUUUAAUUUCAUAAUUUAUUUGGACAGAUGUGCUAAACCAGUCAACUUUGAGAAACACACCCAUGUACCCAAUCUCACACACAAAAUUCAGAUGACUGGUCUUCCUUCUACUUUAAAUAAGACAACUGUUGAAGCUUCUGUAUAGUGGUAAAUAGAUUUUUUAGUGGUUUCCAGCGCAGUCUUGAAUAUGUAUAGUGCACUUGAGUGAAACUCAGAUGUUUAACUAAAUGAAAUGAAUUUGUCAUGUUUGCAUAAUGAUGUAGCAAGCAUCUGUAGUGACAGAGGCAAAAUAAAUAGCUGUAACUGUUAGGAAGCCUUAACAUCUGGGCAAAACAGCCUACCAUGAAGUGAGUUAAACUAAGCCCAACUUGACUGUUUGUAUAUCCUGAUUUUUAUCGUUGGGUUUAUGACCUCUUAAUUUAAUAGCAAAUGAAAAUGAUGCCCAUUUAGCUACCUCCUGUCUCCCUAUGUUGAGCUUCCUCUAUGUGGAA